CCCUCCACUCCACACCCAUGGCCUGCAACACCCUCUGCCAGCCCUGCGGACCCACCCCGCUGGCCAACAGCUGCAACGAGCCCUGUGCCCUGCAGUGCCAGGAUUCCCGCGUCAUCAUCAACCCUUCCCCUGUGCUGGUCACCCUGCCAGGACCCAUCAUGACCUCCUUCCCCCAGAACACCGCCGUCGGAUCCACCUCCUCGGCUGCCGUGGGCAGUGAGCUCAGUGCCCAGGGACAGCCCAUCUCUGGUGGCUUUGGUGGCUUUGGCUACGGCCUUGGCUACGGCCGUGGCUUUGGCUAUGGCUGUGGAUUCGGCUACGGGCAGGGCUAUGGCUAUGGGCUGGGCUGCUACGGCAGAAGGGGCCGCUACAACUGCUGAGGGUCCUCAGCACCACCCCUGACACCACCAGCUCUGGCCUCUGACAACAGCUCCUGCAACCAAAUCGCCUCAGCUGAUCUUCACCCUACUUGUGUCUCACACUGGAUUCCUUCUAGUCUUUCUCCUGUCUCCAUUUUUUUCCCCUCAAUAAAAUUUACCUGCAUCGAAGUCUGAGAUGUCUCCUCAUCUUUUUCAUUUCCUAUGGUUUCAUAUCCUCACCCAGUAAAAUGCCCGGUAGGCCGUUGGUGUGGAUGGAAAAGAAGCAGAACAACUCCCUUCGCUAAGAUGUCACCACCAGCAAUAACCAAGACAGGCACUGGAAGCAGGGCUUGAGGUCACACUUUCCAAAACAUGACACAAACCUAGAACCCCCUGCCCCAAAGGUUUUGACACAUCCACGCUCUCCUGCUCAUGGCUCUGGUGGAAUCUCUCUGUGCCAGCACACACUUGAAAACCUCUCUUCCCCAUCAGGACUCCUGAACCCAGCCAGCAAACAGGAGGAACAACAUCAUCCACUUGGGCAUGAACUCUGGAAUACAAGGGCUUCAUUUCCCUCUCCUCAAGGAAAGUCAGCAAGGGCAGCAUUUCCAGGACCAUAGCCAGCUCAAUUUUGGUUGUCCCACCACAGACUUCACCAGCUUUUCCACUCCAAGACCACUCUCACACUCAAAAUUCUCACCUUCAUUCCCCAUGGAAUUCCAUCUAUUUUCCUUUCUUCCCUUCCUCUCUUUCCUUCCUCUGUGUGCUUUGUUGAGAACAGCCCGGCUUACUCAACUUCAUUUCCUGCCGUCAGGGAUCUGCCU